AUUAAUUUCGCAUCUGUAUGUUUCUUUCAGACUUGCAACCAACAUAAUGCUGAAGCUCCCAUCUUGGAAUGAGCAUUUUGCAGAAUGGCACAAGCAGAACCUAAUCUGGACCAUGACGUAUCGUGGUUCCUCCUUUCCCCAUACUGGGCUAAGAUGGUUGUGGGAUUAAUUUCCCUCCUCUGCUUUGUUAACAGCUAUGAUGGAGAUUUUGUCUUCGAUGAUUCUGAAGCCAUCAUCAAUAACAAGGACCUCAGGGCGGAAACCCCACUUGGUGACCUGUGGCAUCAUGACUUUUGGGGUAGCAAACUCAGCAGCAAUACCAGUCAUAAGUCAUAUCGACCACUUACUGUCCUAACUUUCAGAAUUAAUUACCUUUUUGCUGGAGGUUUCCACCCAGUGGGUUUUCAUGUCAUCAAUAUAAUACUGCAUUGUGCUAUCUCCAUGUUGAUGGUUGAUGUGUUCUCAAUAUUAUUGGGUGGGCUGCAAUACAGUAACAAAGGAAGAAGACUAAACCUGGCUCCAAAGACAUCUCUCCUGGCUGCUUUGCUGUUUGCUGUUCAUCCAGUGCACACUGAAUGUGUUGCAGGGAUUGUUGGCAGAGCAGAUCUACUGUGUGCCCUGUUCUUUUUGUUGUCAUUCCUUGGCUACUGUAAAGCAUUCAGAGAACCAAGAACUGACAACAGUUUAGAUAAGGAAGGAUACCAUUUUUCCCUAUUCUGGGUGCUGGUGGUUUUUCUGCUAGGUUCAGUAGCCAUGCUGUGCAAAGAACAAGGAAUUACAAUACUGGGUUUGAAUGCGGUGUUUGAUGCCCUGGUGAUUAACAAGCUGAAUGUUUUACAGUUUGUUCAAAAGUUAUUGCAUAAGGAAAAGUCAUUGGAGAAUUCUGGGCUGUUAAGAAAGGGACUGCUCUGCAGAAUAAUUCUUCUGUUGUCCGGAGGGGCCAGUAUACUCUAUAUACGCUGGAGGAUUAUGGGCACAGGGCCACCAGCUUUUACUGAAGUAGACAACCCAGCUUCAUUUGCAGAGAGUCCACUUGUGAGAGCUAUAAACUAUAAUUACUACUACUCGUUGAAUGCUUGGUUGCUGUUGUGUCCCUGGUGGCUGUGUUUUGAUUGGUCAAUGGGCUGCAUACCCCUCAUUAAAUCCGUCAGCGACUGGAGGAUAAUUGCACUAGCAGCACUUUGGUUCUGCCUAAUUGGCCUGAUAUGCCAAGCUCUGUGCUCAGAAGACAGCCAUAAGAGAAGAAUUCUUACACUUGGACUUGGAUUUCUUAUUAUCCCUUUUCUUCCUGCAAGUAACCUGUUCUUCCGAGUAGGAUUCGUUGUUGCAGAGAGAGUCAUCUACCUCCCCAGUAUUGGAUAUUGCAUUCUGUUUACAUACGGAUUUAGUCUUUUGAGUAAGAAAGCCAAGAAAAAGAAAAUUCUGGCUGCUGCAGUACUCGGCAUAUUGUUGCUAAAUGUCACGCGCAGUGCUCUCCGCAGCAGCCAGUGGAGGUCAGAAGAGCAGCUUUUCAGGAGUGCACUGUCCGUGUGCCCUCUCAACGCAAAAGUACACUACAAUGUUGGCAAAAACUUGGCUGACAAAGGAAAUCAAACUGCUGCAAUCAAAUAUUACAGAGAAGCUGUCAGGUUGAAUCCUAAAUAUGUACAUGCCAUGAACAACCUUGGAAAUAUUCUGAAAGAAAGGAAUGAGCUCCAAGAAGCAGAGGAGUUGCUGUCUUUAGCUGUACAAAUUCAACCUGAUUUUGCUGCUGCAUGGAUGAACCUGGGAAUAGUACAGAACAGUUUAAGAAGGUUUGAAGAGGCAGAGCAAAGCUACUGGACAGCAAUUAAACACAGGAAAAAAUACCCAGAUUGUUACUAUAAUUUAGGAAGGCUGUAUGCAGAUUUGAAUCGCCAUAUAGAUGCACUGAAUGCAUGGAGGAAUGCUACAGUUCUGAAACCAGAGCAUAGUUUGGCUUGGAACAAUAUGAUUAUAUUGCUUGAUAACACAGGAAAUCUCGCUCAAGCAGAGGCGGUUGGGAGAGAGGCUCUGGAGUUAAUACCUAAUGAUCAUUCCCUUAUGUUUUCUUUGGCCAAUGUACUGGGGAAAUCACAGAAAUAUAAGGAAUCUGAAGCUUUGUUCCUCAAGGCAAUUAAAGCCAAUCCAAAUGCUGCCAGUUAUCAUGGUAAUUUGGCUGUGCUUUAUCAUCGCUGGGGGAAUCUUGAUUUAGCAAAGAAGCACUAUGAAGUCUCCCUGAAGCUUGAUCCAAUGGCACCGGGGACCAAGGAAAACUACAGCCUGUUAAGAAGAAAACUGGAGCAAUUGCAAAAGAAAGGCGAAGCCUGAUGUUUAUGUUCAGGAAGAAAUUGGUCAGUGCAGUAAUUGCAGCUUUUUUGAGUUGUCCUGUGAUUAUUGUUUAGGAGACUGUGG